CGUGCGGCCCCGACGCCGCUUCCAGCCACCCGGCCCGGGUGCUGGGGUGGGACCUGCGGCAGGGCACGGGGCUGAGCUAGGCGGAACGAAAGCCCCAGCCCCGGACGACAGCAGGGCGCGCCCACUGCAGAGCGACUCCAGAAAUCUGAUCUGUAAAAACCAAGAUAUCAUCUUCAGAAACUCCCAACAUGUGCUCUCCUGCCAGUUCCAAAAUUCUCUACAGGAACCCCCGGUUUCUCCACUUGGCCUUUCUGCAGCUCCAUCACCAGCAGCAGAGUGGUGUGUUCUGUGAUGUCCUGCUGCAGGCCGAAGGUGAGGUGGUCCCAGCACACUGCUGUGUCCUGUCAGCCUGCAGUCCCUUCUUCACAGAGCGCCUGGAGCAGGAGAGACCUGCACCGGGGCAGAAGGUGGUCCUGGAGCUGGGGGGUCUGAAGAUCCAGACCCUGCGAAAGCUGAUAGACUUCCUGUAUACAUCAGAGAUGGAGGUGUCCCGGGAGGAGGCCCAGGACGUGCUGUUGGCCGCCCGCCAGCUUCGUGUGUGUGAGCUGGAGUCCCUGCAGCUAGAGGGGGGAAAGCUGGUAAAGGCCCCAGCAGGCAGAAGGCUGAACCGGGAGUGCCUGCAGCCCAGCCCCGGGCCCAGUUCCACCAGGAUGCCAGCUUCUGGCCGCUCUGUUUCAACACCACUGCCUUCUCUGCAACCUCCCAGGGCAGCAAGGGCAGAGCAUCGGGGGAAAGCAGAGGGUCCCCCAGAAGAGGGCACCCCACUGGGCGCAGAGCACGUCCCAGGCACACUGCUGCUCCAGGGCAAGGCCAGAGUUGGCCAAGUUCCACAGGGGGAAGGCUCGGCAGGCCUCAGCCAAGAACCUGGGGCUGACAAGCAGGACCCCGUGCCCCAGCCUACGGAACCGGCCCGAGCCUGCCUGUAUCCUGUGGAGCAGCAGCUGCUGCCCAGGAAAAUCAGGCUGAGCCGCUCAAAGCCGCCUCCCAGUGGUGGUGCUGCUGGAGCUCCCAGUGCACUGCCUGCUGCCCCUGGCCGGCGACUCUGGCGGGGCAGGGUGAACAGAGAAGCGGUAGAGGACAGGCAGAAGCCAGGCAGGGCCAGUCCUCUGCAGAACACCCCCACACCCUCUACGCCUGGUAGGCUGGGUGGGGGCAAGAAGCGGAGCCCUGAGGCCUUGGCACCAGGCCCAGAGCUUGCAGAGGAGGGCCAGGUCAGCAGAGUAAAGCUGCGGAAAGUGGUCAACGGUACCUGCUGGGAGGUGGUACAGGAGCCACCCCGGGCCCCCAGGAGCCCCAAAGAGAGCCCCCAGACACACAUUCCUGGAGACAUGGGGCAGCAUUCAGGAGCCUGGCUGUCCCCCACCAGUGAGCAGCAGGUGUCUUCUGCUGGCAUAGAGCUGUAUCAGGACUCGCCUGAGGGCACUGGUGUGUUGGACGUCAUGCUGGCCUCAGGCCGCUCCCCAGAUCGGCCUGGGGUGGGGCGGGCAUUUGGGUCCAGCCCUGAACUGUUGAGCAGUGAGCCCAUGCUGAGCAGUGACCGCAGCAAGCCCUGUGCCUUCGGGGGUACCCUGCGUGGACAGCGCUGUGACGGCAUCUCAAACUCCGUGGCCACCAGCGAGCUGGAGGACAUCCUCGACUUGGUGCUGUGCAGCUCAGACAUGGGGCCACCUGUCAGGUCCCCUGAGAGCCCAGGGGCUGAGGGCUGCAGAACCCCGAGUUACCACCUGACAGGCGGAGGGAACUGGAUGGAAGCAGCAGAAUGGUGCUUGCCAGAUCUGGAACUGUGGUCCAAAGAGCUGGAGGGACUGGAAAAGGAGCCUGGCAGUGAGCAGAGAGAGCCAGGGGACCCCCCAGACACCCCCACCAUGCCUUCCGAGGGGAGGGAAGGCCAGGCACUUCCAUCAGGCGGCACUUGGACUCCAGAUCUCAAGUUCACCAUCUCCCAGCUGACGGAUGAUCACACCAGUUCCCCUGGAAACCCCUCAACACCAGGCUCAAGCUGGACAGGGGGUGGGCUGGACACAGGGCUGGCUGUGUAUGAGGAGCUGUGUCCUGCUCUUGGGACAGACCCUGGCCAGCCACCCCCCAACUCUGAGGAUGAGGAUAUUGACGUGGGGGACUGGACAGCAGAGGCCAGGCUGGUGUCCACCAGCUUCCCCUCAGUGUGGCCCGACCCAUCCUCGGAGUCAGAAACGGAGGUGGACAUCCUCACAUAGUGGAGGGGGAUCAGGGAGUGCUGGACAGCAAGAGGCCCCUUCCCACACAUGGCCAGUGCCUGACAGCACAGGAUGGCUCGCCUGGAGCCGCCACCUGGGCCCUGGAAGCCAGGCAGAAGUCCAGGGAGAAUCACAGGUGGAAAGCUAGGACCCUGACACACUUUUAUUCUUUGUAAUUUCCCAGUUAGUGACAGGUCAAUAAAUUGUCCCCAAGUCUAGUGGGCCCUAGGUACCAGUUUAGGAUACGUCUGGCCUGGCAAGUAGGAGGAGCUGCAGGUAGUGUCCUCCCUCUGUGCAGGGCUCCACUGGGGCCUUAGGCACACCAUGACAGACAGAUGGCCAGCACUGCUCACAGGUUCCGUAGCAUACCAAAGGGCCAGGGAGAUCCACUUGUCAUCAUUUCCAGGAAGUGAGUCAAAGGUACAGUUGCUUUUUUAAACUUAAUUUCCUUUGCUGUCUUAGUUU